UAGCAUCAAGUACUCCACUUUGAACAGUAACAAUCAUGAAGUUCGCUCUGAAUUUGGUCUGUCUGGUCGCGCUGUGGUCACUGGCUUGUGGUCAGAUGGCGCGAGUGUACUGCGGCCGGAGACUGGCGCAGACCCUGGCCGUGCUCUGCUCCGAGAUAGAAGAGGAAGGCGCGGUGAAGCGGUCUGAGGGCGUUCUCAGUGGUGCUGCGAUGUACGGCACUCGCGGCUGGCGCUGGGCGGCGCGGGGCAAGAGGGGAGUCGUCGAGGAGUGCUGCGACCAGCCCUGCACGCUCGACACGCUCUUCAGUUACUGCUAGCACUUUCUAUUAUUGAAUUAACUGUGAUAUACUAUGAAUAAAUGUUGAUUGAAUUUUAAAUUAUUUUUCACUUUUAUAGUUGAAUGCUCUAGAACUUUGCUUUUUAUCUGUUCUUUCUUAACGGACUCUAC